GCGGGAUAUGUGUAUCAUGCAGUUCAAGUCCACGUUCUCCAGUCUUUUGCUCUCUUUCUUGAUUUCUAGUCUUGCGACAUUCGUUGUUGGUUCCCCGAUAGAGUCUGAUGCGUCACGCAACGCCACUAUCACUUUCAGCAAUCCUGAAGCGGAGAAAUACUACGUAGAUGGCUCUAAAAUACCCGAAGUUGACUGGGAUGCCGGGCCAUCAUGGUCCGGAUUGAUGCCUAUAUCUUCACAUCCUAAUGAAACGCGAAAGCUGUUCUUUUGGUUCUGGCCCACGAAUAAUGCAUCGCAUGCAAAUGACGUUACAUUCUGGACGAACGGCGGACCAGGGUGUUCCUCUCUACAGGGACUUUUGACUGAAAAUGGCCCAAUUUCUUGGAACUGGGGUCAAGCAGCGCCUACUCCUAACAAAUGGUCUUGGACUAACCUCUCUCAUAUGCUCUGGGUUGAACAGCCAAUCGGAACGGGGUUCACGGAAGGGGACCCGACUAUCAACAACGACGCCGAUCUCGCGGAGCAGUUCUACGGCUUCAUGCAGCAAUUUCUCGAGGUCUUCAGCGAGCUCAAGGGCAAGAACUUCUAUGUAUCGGGAGAAAGUUUCGGCGGCUUCUAUGUGCCACACAUCGCGCACUACAUCUACGAACACCCGGGCCUCGACCUCCACCUCAAGGGCAUGUGGCUCUCGGACCCAUCCAUCUCCUACACCGUCGUCCAAUACGAGAUCCCCACGCUCAAGUUCGUGAAAGACAACAAGAACGUGUUCCCGCUGAACAGCACCUUCAUGGCCGACAUCGAGAAACGGUCUGACGAGUGCGGGUACACGGACUACGUCGAUACAUACGUCACGUACCCGCCGAAAGGACCGCUGCCUAUGCCAAAAGGCAACAAUGGGAGCGUCGCGGCGCCUGGGCACUGCCAGAUCCGCGAUCGCGUGAGGAACGCUGCUCAGAAGCUGAAUCCUGCGUUCAACAAGUUCAGGGUGACUGAUCAGUGGCCAGCACCAUGGAGUGUCUUGGGCUGGCCACACUCCUCCAUCCAGAAAUUCGUCUACUUCAAUCGAACCGAUGUCCAAGACGCGAUUCACGCCCCGCACGUCAAGUGGGAGGCCUGCACGGACGAGCAUGUCUACGUGAGCGAGAAGUCGGGUAGGCCGCACGCUGACACGUCCACGCCGACCGCGUUCACGGUCCUCCCGGAGGUGAUCGAGAAAUCGGAGCGCGUCGUCAUCGCGCAUGGGAUGGCGGACUUUAUGCUCGUCGCGGAGGGGACGAGGAUAGCAAUCCAGAACAUGACGUGGAACGGUGCCCAAGGCUUCCAGAAACCCAUCGAGCCGGAGAGCUUCACACUCAAACACCACGGCGUCUAUGGGAACGCCCACACCGAACGCAACCUGACUUACGUAGAGAUAUACUUCAGCGGACAUUAUGUGCCUCAGUUCACGCCCUGGGCGGCCUACUCCACCUUUGCCUACCUUCUCGGACGCCAAGACUCGCCAUCCUCGUAA